CAAAAGGCUCCCCGCUCCCCCGUCCCCUUCCCCCUCUCGCCCUCUCCUACCCAACUUCUCGAACUCUCCAAACCCUAGCUUUUUCCUCCUCCCCCUCCUCCGCGAAUCUUCCAUGCCCGACGGCUAUCCGGCGGCGCCGCCCGGGAUGGAGCGCCCUGCCCCGGAGGCGGCGGCUGCGGCGGCGGAGCCCCCUGGGGCGAAGGCGGAGGAGGAGGAGGAGGGGCCGAAGGAUGUGGGGGUGAAGGGUACGGGGAAGGAGAAGGAGACAGAGAAGGUUGAGGCCGAGAAGGAGAUGGAGGGGAAGGGGAAGGGGAAGGAGUCGAUGGAGGUGGAGGAGGGGAAGGAGAAGGAGGGUAAGGGGAAGGCGAAGGAGAAGGAGAAGGAGACGAAGGUGAAGGUGAAGGAGGAGGGUGGGGAAGAGAAGGAGAAGGGGAAGGUUGAGGUGGUGGAGGCAAAGCGGCGGCCGGCUGGUGUUGGCGCGGAGACACCCAUCCUAGCGGUGCCGAUGGUGGCCGUGCCAUGCUUCUUGGCGUCUCCUGCAUUUGCGGGUCACUUUUCAAUGAGCCAUCAAGCAGCUUUGGCGAGUGUGACGGCUCAGGCACAAAUACAAUUGCAGUCACCAACCACACCAUAUUCAGAAGGGCUGCCCAGUCCAUUUCCUAUAACACCUAAAGCUGUAAUGCCCCUGCAGCGAUCACCUUCAGGAACUGAAGGGAGUGUUCGCAGAUCAGUGUUAGAGAAGUCAGCCUCAUUUCAGUCAAGACCACACAAUCAUGUGUCUGUAAACAUGGUUGGUGAUGGCUUCAACUGGAGGAAGUAUGGUCAGAAGCAAGUGAAAAGUAGUGAAAAUUCCAGGAGUUACUAUAGAUGUACCAACUCUAAUUGCUUGGCUAAAAAGAAGGUCGAGCAUUGUCCUGAUGGCCGCGUGGUGGAAAUCAUUUACAGAGGAACACAUAAUCAUGAACCGCCACAAAAGACCAGAUUUGUGAAAGAGAGAGUGGCUCAUAUUACUGCUUCCUCUGGAGAUGAUGAAACCUUGGGACUUGUGAACAAUGAAAUUAUAGAAUCCCCGUCACCGGGAUGUAAAUUAGAGCCGGGUGCUGUCUCUGAAGCUUCUGAACAGCAGCUUUUUUGCUCAAGUGAUUGUGAAGGUGAUGCUGGUAACAAAUCAGAAGAUGAUCAUCCUAGCACAGAGCCUCAGCCAAAACGAAGCAGAAUAAUUGAAACUAGCACACCUUUGACUCCAGUUCUCAGAACUGUUAGAGAGCAAAAGAUUAUUGUACAGGCUGGAAAGACGAGUGAUGGGUAUAGAUGGCGCAAAUAUGGACAGAAAAUUGUUAAGGGAAAUCCAAACCCUAGGAGCUACUACCGUUGUACUCAUGAUGGGUGCCCUGUCCGUAAGCAUGUUGAGAAGGCACCAGACGAUGAUAACAAUAUUGUUGUGACCUAUGAAGGUAAGCACAACCAUGAUCAACCGUUUAGAAACAACAGUGAGUCGAAGGAUGGGCCUGUUCCUAUGAUCAUUCCAGCAGAGACAACAUCUGAGCAGCCCAGCACAAUGACCUCAACAUCAGAACAGAAACAGCCGAUCAGUCUGCUGAAGGAUGGCGGCGAUGAGCCCAUGAAGGGCAAGACUUCAGAAAUCGGUGGUGAGAAGGCAGUGGAGUCUGCGCAAACCCUUAUCAGCAUUAAAACUAAUCCCGAUGACAUGAAGAAUACCCUCUUGAAAGAUACUUCCGCGGUAGUUCCUGUCCAAAAUAAUUGAUCCUGUGAGGUUAGGGUUGAUUCGAUUAAUGUAUUAGUUUGUGGUAUUUAUUGGUUCGGGGAGCUAUUGUUGUGUUAGAUUCUGUACAUGAGUUGAGGGCCGGCAUUCUGUGGAGCACCAUUGGAUAGAAGCAUCUAGGCUCGGGAAGCCAUGAUACUUACAGUUGUCCCCCUUGUAUAGAUCUCCAAACCCCUAGUGUGUAUAGGUACUGUAUCGCUUACUGAGGCUAAGCAACAAGGAGACCUGAGAAACUUCAUGUGUGGGGUGCUCUGCUUGGAUUCAUUGCACAUCUAAGCCGAUCCAUGCCAUGAUAUGUUUAUUGUA